AUGUUGAAUAGAAUAAAAGCAAAUAGACACAUAUUUUUGAAACAGCAAGUCCGAAGAUUUUUUCAAUCAUCAUAUCAACAUCAAGACAUUGUUCAGGAGCUUUAUUUACGUGCCUUAAGAAGCUGCAAACCAUAUACAGUUAAGCCUACGGAUUCAGAAGGCCAAGUAAAGCUUUGGGAACUUCCAAAUCCACCAAAAAUACCUGAAAUGAACUUGGAUGUUGAUGCUCGUUUGGAUGCAUAUGAGAAAGAUAAUGUAACAGAAGCAUCUGCAGCAGCAGAUACUGCAAAUCCUUUGGAUACUUUGUUUGAGGAAGAAAAAAAGGAUAUGCAACAUUAG